AUGCCCUUGCUCCCCAACCUCAAGCCGAUCCAUGGCUCGGCGUCCAAGACGUUCUCGGUUCCUCCGCUCGAUGGCUCGCUUACAAUCCCCGAAAUAUACGACUGGCACGCGGAACAUAGUCCAGAUCAUCCGCUGUUCACAUAUAACACGAGUGCCACCGAUAAGGUCGUGAUCACUUUCAAGCAGGGUGUUCAUGCCAUCCAUCGCGCAGGAGGUUUUCUCUCGGACAGGCUCGUUCAGUUACGAAUCCACCCUUCGGACGUCGACGGCCCUGUGAUUGCGAUAUUCGCCGCUUCAGACACGGUCACGUAUUUCCACUCGUGGCUUGGCCUGGUGAGGGCCGGUUACGUCGUGUGCCACCUCUCGACCCGUAACUCUGCGCCCGCCAUCGCUCACCUUCUAGAAAAAGUGGGUGCGCAACACCUCCUCGUUUCCGGGGAGUCCGGCCUGCAGUCCGUCGCUCGCGAAGCCCUCGAGAAGAUCGGGAAGGAUUGGUCCACUUUCGUCUCGGAGAUGCCAGCGUACCCGGACCUUUUCAACGAUCAGCCCGUUCAGUUGUUGCCGAAGAGGAAGUUUUCAGCCUCCGGCAAAGUCUGUUAUCUUCACUCAUCUGGCUCGACGGCUUUCCCGAAACCCCUUGCAUGGACUCACGAGAGCUGGCUUACGAGCGCAAACGGCAUACUCUUGUCAAAGGUCGACCUAUGUAGCCAGCUCGUAUCGUUUCACGCCAUUCCGAUGUUUCAUGGACUUGGAGUCUUCGCAGUGCUGUAUACGGCAUUCAGUGGCGCGACCCUCGCUGCUUUCAAGCCUCAGUCACCUGCAAUGACUGUGUCCCCGGAAACCACCUGGGAAGGUAUCAUGGAAGCUCAGGUCGAUUACAUACAGGUUGCCCCGCAUUUCAUCGAGGUUUGGGCUCGAGAUCCGUACAAAGUGGACCAUAUGGCGAAGCUAAAGGGCGUGCUUUAUGGGGGAGGGCCAUUGAAUAAGCAUGUUGGUGACGGGAUGGUCAACAAAGGCGUGACCGUAUAUAAUCUCUACGGCUCAACGGAAGUGGGGUUGAUGGUUCCGAUUUUGCCUGAUGCUCCUGGAAAGGACUGGGAAUAUUUCCAACUCGUGCCCACCCUGCAUACCGAAUACCUGCCAUUCGGCGAUGGGACUUACGAGUUGGUUGUGGUUAACGAUGGUGUGCAAAAACCUCUCGUGCUCAACAGUAAAUGGGAGGGCAUAGACGCGUAUGCCACAAGCGAUCUUCUGACCCCCCAUCCGACGAAGAAAGGGUACUGGUCGGUAUACGGAAGGACCGACGACCAGAUCAUGCUCUCAACGGGAGAGAAGACCAAUCCGGGCCCUCUAGGUGCGAAUCUCGGAUCACUCACUGCACGCGCUCAUGGCAAUCCUGAUCCCCUUCUAGAGGCCAUCCUAUGCCAAGACCAUCGAAUUCAAGCCGCUUUGAUGUUCGGUCGAGGUCGGUUCCAGAACGGAGUCAUUAUACAACCAACGCCAGAGUACGCUUUCCACCCGGAGGAUCAGGUCAGACUCGUGGCGUUUCGUCACGACAUCUGGCCGACGGUCGAACGGAUGAACGCAUACGCGCCGCAGCAUUCUCGGUUGUUCAAGGAGAUGAUCAUGGUUGCUUCACCCUUCAAGCCCUUUCAAUACACGAGCAAAGGUACCAUUCGCCGCCAGGUUACUCUGCAGGAAUAUCAAGAAGAGAUCGAAGCUCUGUAUGCCUCUGUGGAGGAAUCCACGCAAGCCGACAUCCCGGCGCCUGUAGAAUGGACGCUGGAUUUGACGAAGGAUUUCGUGAGAAAGGUCGUCAACAGUGUUCUUACUAUGCCUGUUCAGGACGAGAACGACCUCUUUCAGCACGGUUGCGACAGUCUUCAAGCAACUUGGAUACGAAACACCUUAUCUCGUGCACUACGUGAUGCCGUUGUGGGAUCCGAUAAGGCUGUACCCUUCGAUCUCGUGUAUGCCAACCCAACCAUUUCCGCGCUCGCGAAUUUCGCCCGUCAAGCCGUGUCUUCAAAGCGCGAUGGAGCAGAUAGCUAUCCUUCGAAGAAGGAGCAGCUCCUAGCGUUGGUCGAGAAGUAUACUAAAGACUUCCCGGCACGCAAGUCGGAAGGCCUGCCAAGCACCGCGCGCGACGGGCAUGUAGUUAUCCUGACCGGUACCACCGGGGGACUUGGCUCGGCCUUGUUGGACGCGUUGUUCUCAUCCACGAGCGUGCGCAAGGUAUAUGCGCUCAAUCGGCGGUCGACGAAAGGCCGAUCUCUCGAGGAGCGGCAGAAGGCCAUUCUUCUCGAUCGCGCCCUCAAUGUCGAGCUGGUCGACUCCGAUAAAGUGUCUCUCCUGGAGGUUGAUAUGACUUUGCCCACAUUCGGCCUUGAUGAGCAGAUGUUUGAGGAGCUGCGAACCUCUGUUACGAGAAUCAUCCACAACGCAUAUCGCGUCGACUUCAACGUCUCAUUGACAUCUUUCGAACCGCAGCUUGUUAUCGUUCGUAAUCUGAUAAACUUCGCCCUUUCGUCACCUCUAGCAGCACCUCCGGCUAUACUUUUCACCAGCAGCGUCGGUGUCCUGAGAGGCGCUCGGCUCGACGAACCGGCCAAGGAGGUCGUCUUGGAGGAACCGGACUCGGCCAUUGGCAGUGGCUAUACAGAGUCGAAAUGGGUCGCUGAAAGGAUCCUGCAACGUGCAUCGGCUGCCGUACCGGACCUGCGAACAAUCGUCGUACGCGUAGGGCAGAUGGCUGGUGGAAAGGCCGGGGACUGGAAUGCCGCCGAAUGGCUGCCGUCUCUGAUCGCCUCGGGACCCGUCAUCAAAUGCCUGCCGGACAUACCGUCGGACAUCGCUUGGAUAUCGCUCGAUGGAGCUGCGAACGCCAUGCUCGACUUCACGCUUGCCGACGCUCAAACAACCCCCGGCGUUUUGCAUCUCGCCCAUCCUCGUCCGAUACCUUGGACCAUGGUCAUGAAGCAUGUGUCCGAGCGCCUGAACGUCCCGCUGGUUCCAUAUGAGCGAUGGCUGGACGCCCUCGAAAACGAUCUGAAGGACACUUCGAAAACGGAGGUUGAACACAUGCUUGAAAAUCCCGCUUUACGGCUGUUGCCCUUCUAUCAGUCCGUGGCCGCCGUGAUCAACGUCCAGGACAAACACGCGGGUUACGAGGCAGCAGGCAUACCUAUGUUGGACCUGCAAAACGCGACUUCUGUCUCUCCUUCUCUGAGGGACAUGCAACCACUCACGUUGGCGGACGUUGACCAAUGGCUUGAGUACUGGAAGAGGGUUGGGCUCCUUCAUGUUUGAAACAUAUGGUUUAUGUAUCGAAGGCAAUCCUCCACAUGGCCUCGUUUAACCACAUGUGAAUGGUCGAUAUCCCCCAUCGCUCAUAGUGUGGGCUCUGCAAUCCUAGAUAAAGUCAGGCUCGAAACGCACC